UAAGCCCUUCAGCCUCGACCUUUCAACGUCGCCUGGAGUCUCUGCAGCCACUACUUCCGCUUUUCUUGGCCGUCAAUGGCGAAGCGUCAGAUUCCUUUGCUUAACCGUGUUCUUGUGGAGAAGAUCGCCCCGCCCUACAAAACUAGCGCCGGGAUCCUCAACUCGGAGAAGAUAACUAAGUUGAAUAAUGGAGAAGUACUAGUAGGUUCUGUGGCAUGUGAUAAAAAUGGAAAUUCAAACUCUAUGAAGAAUGGAGAUUCUCUUGUGUUGUCAAAGAGUCAUGCAACUGAGCUGAGGCAUGGAGAUAAAAAGAGCAACUGCAUUUACUUAGAAUGUUCUAAUAUAACUAGCAGCUUAGUGCAACUGAAGUCAUAUUCUCGUGGACCUAUUUCUCGGAAGCCUUUCCUCUGGACUCGAUAUCUAUCUUCUCAGGCCGGAGCAAACUCAAGUGAUAGGGAAAAUGAUCUAGAAGAUGGGUUUUCUAGCAUGGAGGUACCACCUGGAUCUACUGAUUCUGUGGAUGGUUCAGGAAACGAAGAUGAUGUCUUAGGGGGGGAGUACGAAGAAUAUGAUGAAGCUGCAGAAAAUCCACUUGAUUUGGGAGAUGAUGAAGCAAAUAAAGGUGGGGUAAAAAGAGGGCCAAGACUCUCUCAUUAUCAACUUUUCAAGACAAUAACAGGAACUCCAAGAAAAUCUUUAAUUAGUGCACUUGAUAAAUAUGUUGAGGAAGGGAAACCUUUAGGGCGAGGUGAGAUAUCUUUUGCUUUGCGUAUCCUGAAGAGGCGACGACUCUACCCAAUGGCACUGCAGUUGGUUGAGUGGCUGGAAACUAGUAAGCAAAUCGAACUUGGGGAGUGGUACUAUGCUUCUCAUUUGGAUUUGAUUGCUAAGGUUUCUGGCCUUGGGAAUGCAGAAAAAUACAUUGAGAAAAUUCCAGAAUCUUUCAGGAGUGAGUUGAUCUACAGUACUUUGUUGGCUAAUUGUGCUUCUGCUGUGAAUUUGAAGAAAGCAGAGGAAGUGUUCAAUAAAAUCAGAGAUCUUGGUUUUCCGAUCACACCUUUUACUUGUAACCAUUUGUUGCUGCUCUACAAAAGGACAAGCCCGAAAGCGAUGGCUGAUAUACUCCAGAUGAUGGAAAAGCAAAAUGUACAACCAACGCUCUUUACAUAUAAGAUUCUAAUUGACGUCAAAGGCGAAGUCAAUGAUAUACCAGGUAUUGAGCAAAUUGUGGAGAUGAUGAAAGAACGCCUCAAACCUGAUCCAUGGAUCAAAUCCGUGAUCGCAAAGGCUUACAUAUCUGCUGGUUUGAAAGAUAAAGCUGAAGCAACAUUGAAAGAGAUUGAAAGUGAGGAUGUGCAGGAGAAUCGUGCUGUCUGCAGGUUUCUUCUCCCCGUGUAUGCUGCUUUGGGAAAGGCAGACGACGUUGAAAGAAUAUGGAAUGUUUGUGAUGCAAAACCCCAUCUAGCUGAACGCAUAGCUGCAAUAGAGGCCUGGGGUAACCUUGGGAAAAUUGAAAAAGCAGAGGAAGUCUUUGAGAAGACACCCAAGAAAAUGAAAUCAACAACCUACUACAACACUAUGUUAAAGGUUUAUGCAGAAAAUAAGCUGUUGGCCAAAGGAAAGGAACUGGUGAAUCAGAUGUCUGCGAGUGGUUGCCGAAUUGGUCCUUUGACUUGGGAUGCAAUCGUGAAACUGUACAUUGACUCCGGUGAGGUGGAGAAAGCUGACUCCAUAUUGCAUAAGGUACUCCAAAAGAAGAUUAGGCCUUUCUACAGUUCGUUUAUGGCUGUGAUGGAUCAAUAUGCUAAAAGGGGCGAUAUCCACAACACUGAAAAGAUUUUUCGAAGGCUGAAGGAGAUCGGCUAUGUCGGUAGAAUGAAGCAAUACGAAACUUUGCUCCAGGCCUAUGUGACUGCCAAGACUCCAGUUUAUGGCUUCAGGGAUAGGAUGAAAGCUGACAACAUGUGUCCUAACAGGACUAUGGCUGCACAACUGAUGGCUAUGCAAGCAUCUCAGAAUAAUCCAAUCUCAGAGUUGCUCAUUUGAAUAGAGAGAGCAUUGAUCUAGGGUAAAAUGUUGCUGCUAUUUAUGUUGUAUUUUGUGCGCGCUAGCAUUUGCAUUGCCUAUCGAGUUGAUGUCAGUCGCACUUAGCUUAGGGUUCAAAGACCAUUGUUACUCUUCCAAGUUUUAUGUUUCCUCAAGCAGCUCCAUCUGAAAUUCUGUAGUAUUCAUAAAUUUUAUGGAGGGACCUUCUCGGAGAACUCUCACCAUAAUGGUAUUUGUUGAAACAUGGAUUUUAUGUAGUUUUGAUAGCCUGCUCAAGUUA